GAUCAAGUUGGCAGUAACACCAUGGAUUAUAAUUACAGACAUUCCUCUCGUCGUCUUACGAUUUUCGCCCACUUCUUCGGUGUCUUGGCCUUCAUUCUCAUGCUCAUUUGGCUGUUGCAUUAUCGCGGUGGUUUACAGUAUGAUUCGUAUGACAAUUAUGACCGUGUUUUCAAUGUUCAUCCAUUUCUUAUGUAUUGUGCAUUCAUUUUCCUGGCUGGUGAAGCGAUGAUGGCAUACAAGACGGUACAAGCGUCUCAUCAUUCGCAGAAAAUUGCGCAUAUGGUACUUCACCUUAGCGCUUUCAUUCUGGGGGUGAUUGGGAUAUCUGCUGUUUUCAAGUUCCAUGAUAUGGCCGGCAUUGAAGACAUGUAUAGUUUGCAUUCCUGGAUUGGUUUAAGCACCUUCUGCUUGUUUGGCAUGCAGUGGCUUUUUGGGUUAUUUUCAUUCUUCUCUCCAGCCGCAACACCGGAAACGAGGAUGAGGGUAGCUCCAUUGCAUAGAGCAGCCGGGAGGGCAUUGUUAUACCUGUCAAUAUGUGCAGCUCUCACUGGAAUUAUAGAGAAAUUCACAUUUCAGAGACUAAAGAACGAGCGCGAAGCUCGUCUUAUGAACUUCAUGGGUUUAUCCAUCCUCUUGUUCGGCAUUUUUGUCGACCUAAGUGUCGCGCUUGCCCGUGACUCUUCUCCUCCGUAUUAAUUUAAUUAAUUAAGCUCCUUAUUCUUAUAUUCUUUUAUACUGUGCGUGAAUGUGAUAUUUAUACAUUCGAUAUAUUAAUUUUUCCCUCAUUGAAUUUGGAUUGAAGAUGUUGUAAUGCCUAGAAUACAUCUAUUUUGUUGAUCACCAUAUAUUUUUUGUAACUUGAAUUCACUAAUUGGUGGUUUGCCAUUAUUGAAUAAAAGAUUGGCAUCAUG